UAUACAAUUUAAAAUGGCCUCUAGUUGUCGGAUGAUAAACCGCAGAUUAGCCAAGUUUUUUUCGACUAAGUACUUGACUUCGUCUUGCGGAGCUUCAUGGAGCACUCAAACUUUCUUCAGACGCACUUUUGUUGUCUCAGCUUACAGGAGAUCAAACGAUGAAGGAAAGUCAGAUGCUGAAUCAUCACAAAGUGAAAGCUCCGACCAGUCAUCCAAUGAAGCAGAAUAUGAACAUUCGAUAAGGCAGAGAAUCCUGAGUGCCUCUUUACACCAUGUUCAUGAGUUUGGCUGGACAAAGAAAGCUUUGGAAGCAGGUGCUCGAGAUGAAGGGUUGCCUUCAGUCGCUCAUGGAAUGUUUCCAAAAGGGGGUGUUGAACUGAUUAACUAUUUCUAUGUAACAAAUAACACAAAGCUAGGGGAGUUUCUUAAAAAGGAGGUUGAGAAUGCUAAAGCUGAGGGUCUAGAAAAGCCAAAAACAAAACCAUUGAUUAGGGAUGGCAUUGAGUUCAGGUUAAGGUUGAUUGUUCCAUAUCUGGAUCAUUGGCCUCAGGCAAUGGCAAUUCAAGCUUUACCUCAAAAUGCUGUUGAAUCUUGGAAAAAUCUUUUGAAUCUAUCUGAUGAGAUCUGGUAUUAUGCUGGAGACCGCUCUGUUGAUUAUAACUGGUAUACUAAGCGUUUGGCAUUAGCUGGGGUCUAUAAAACGUCAGAAAUUUACAUGCUUCAAGACAAAUCAGAAGAUCUGAAAGAAACAUGGUCGUUCCUGGAUCGAAGACUCAGUGAAUUACAGAAGUUUGGUGCUGCCAAGAAACAGUGUGAACAAAGCUCAGAUAUUCUUAAAGAAGCUUUGACUGGGAUGUACAUUACAGGACGCAAUAUUUUAGGAAUGAAUUCAAGAAACAGAUGAAAUGUAUUGCAUUUUGAUAACUGUAUGGAAGUAACAGUUAUGUACACAGCAAUAUUGUCAAACAUUACUGUGAUCUUUAAUUUGCUCACAUAGCCCCUAAAUUGAUAAAAUUAAAUGUAGGUUUAACAAAAAAUAGUUUCGAAUAGUAUUUUUUGUUGCAAAGAUUAUAAAAAAGGAUUCAUGGAUAUUUUUUUAAGUUACUUGGUAAAAAUCUUUUAGUUGAACCCAAGACUUGUCUCAGGAAAAUUGUAUAAUCAGAUCUAAAUGUAGUCUGGUAAAGUCAGUAUAAAAUACCACUUUAGCUUUAGUUUAAAUAAUCAUUUUAAUAACUGCAUUGUUUUUUUCUCUAAGUAAGCAGUUUAAUAUAUUUUAUUUUAUUUGUGUGAACUUACAACUAAAAUAAAAGAUUGUUUUUGCAAAGAAAUGUUUCUUCUUAUAAUUUAUAUUUAUUACACCGCAAUAUGUAUACUGUAUAGGUCUAGAAAAAAAAACUUUGCCAUAGGUUAAUUUUAUCAGAACCUUAUGGGGGGGAGGGGGGUGAGCUACCCACUUACUGCAUAUUUUUAUUUCUAGACGUGUAUAGUAUACAAGUGUAAAUGCGGUUUUAGAUUGAAUUUUUUGCUCUGAACAGUGAAAAAUUAACUUAUAGGCUUUGAAGUUUUUAUCUCAAUCUGUAUACUGUAUCACAAAGCCCAUCUUAAUAUUCAAAAGUAUUUUAUUGUAAUAAUCUAAAAUCUUUGUGUACUUUAACAGUUAUAAAUAUGGGCACUAUUUGUUGUACAAAAUGAUCACAGGCCAAAAGGAAAACUGUCCAUUUUUACUAAAGUAGCAUUUGUGCUUCAUAAAUUAAGGCUUUGUACUGGUACAUUUUCAAGCAUUUUUAAGAGCAAUGGUGAGUUUUGAGUCCUCUCACUAUAGUUACAAAAAAGUAUUUGUGUAGUUCACCAUUACUCUUUUAAAACCUUGUCUGUUAAAUAUUGCAUGCUAUCUCAGCCUAUGUCAAGCUGCAUAAAUACUUAAUUACAAGUUGCUAUGGUUUACACAAGUGUUUCUUUUUUAACAUGUUAACUUUGCAGUAUGUUAUUGGUAUCCCGUGGUCGAGUCAGUAAAGCUCAUGGUUGCUAAACCGAAAAGUCUCGAGUUCGAACCCUCAGACAGAUGAGGCUCGUUAGCUGGGGACAGCCACUCUUCUAGGAGAGACAACUCCAAAAAUUAAACAACUGCUGCCUUGUAGUUUGUUCUUGGUUGGACAAAGGCUAUGGAAGCAAAUCCAAAAAGAAAAGCAGGCUGAAAUCGGAGUCAAUGGCCUCAAUGGCGCUUAACCAGUGGACACGUAAUGCUUAAUUGUGUUGAAGGCGUGGUCGAGUCCGCAAAAAGCUCAUGGUUGAUAAAUUCGAACAAAGUCUCGAGUUCAAACUCACUGGCAGAUAAAUCUCGAUCCCCUUCAACACUAAUAAUUAAGAACGAAGAAAAAGAAGAUUGGUAUCCCUAACCAAAUACAGUCCUCUUGCCAGAACCUGUUCCAGUUUGUGUCAAAGUCUUAGUUUAAAAUUAAGACUAUCAAAGUGUUAAGUGGCUUUAUACUUGUUUCCGCAUCAACCUUACAUAACAGGAGUUUAAAGGAAUAAUACAAAACACUAAUAAAAAAAUUGUGUAGCAAUCAA